CUACUCUGCUGUUCGCUCCACUCUCGGGUUUGAAGGCUUAACACCGUCUGAAGCUUCAGGUUUAGCUCUGUUUUUCUUUUUUUAUAACUCUGUUUUUCUUCAGUCAGAGCCAAAGGACCAGCCAUGGGAAAAGUGUGUGCAGCGGUUUGCUGUCUGCUGCUGAGCGUGGCAGCGGUGACGGCCCAGACAGCUCAGAGUGAGCGAGCGCUGCCUCAGUGGCUCACCGGCAUCAUGGCCCUCUGCGGCUUCCUCUUCCUGUCCUUCGUCGGGAUCCUGGUGAAGAAGGCCUGGUGCGAGGAGCCCAGGUCAGAGAAGAGCUUCAGAAGCCUGGUUGAGUUGACCAGGAAGAAGAGCACUGUGAAGUCGGUGAGAGAAAAUGAUUACGUCAUGACGGAGGAAAACGCGUACGAGACCAGCCUGGACAUGGUCAGAAGCAAAGAAGAGAGGAAUGCUUACGACAACGUGGUGAUGGACAGCACUGAUGACAAACUUACCGCCAUGUGACCCUCCUGCCCUGAUUCUAUUGGCUGCCGUCCUCACCAACUCUGGACAGGGAAAACAAUACCUUAACUGUUGUUCGUUUUUAUUUUUAGUUGAUUGAAUCAAUUAAGAUAUCAUUUACCUGGCUAACAAAUAUCUUCUAAGACUGUUUGAUUUUUUUAAAUAUUUAAAUUAUAUUAUAUGUAUUGUUAAUACUUGUUGUGUUAAUCAGUUAGUUGAUUUGGAGCAGUGAACAUGAGGACAAGCAGCUGUCCAUCCCAUGAUCUUUCUGCUGAUUCAUAAGUUAUGUUUUCUAACAAACUGCUGUGUCGCCUCCUUUCUGAUCAAUGGAAGACUGACCUGCCAUUAUGAAUAAAACACUCCGACAGUAUGGCACAUUUUACAAUAAACAGUGAGCAGUA